AUGGACGAGGUACAUAAGUGUCUGUGCAAACGGAAUUUAGUACAGCUGUACACGGACGUGCCGAUGGAGACGGAUAUCAAACACUUGGUGAAUGUUAUACUGAAAUGUACCAGUGUGCUCUUCAUAGAGCAUGAAAACAGCCAGACCGUACCGGUCAUAACCUCUAAAAUCUACGACUAUGCCAUCGUCUGUGCCGUUAUCGUUAAAAGUGGGGCGAGACGGCCCAAGUGGUUAGAGCUGGUGCGAACCCGACCCCCGCCCCCCGACUCCACUCUGGUAGGUAAAGGCGAAAAGCCGUAG